AUGAACGACACCAGACAUCAGUCUCUGUUCUUUGUCAGUCUGCCUGAGCUAGAAAAGCUCUGUGCCAUUACAGUAACCCUGAGCCCCCAGCUGGCAGAAUCUGAGAUAAGGAAUGCACAGAUAAAGAUUUGCAGACAACUAUUAUUUAUGCAUCAAGACAUCCUCUCUGCACCUGUAAUUGGAACACUAAAUCAAAUUUCAGUAGUAAUGGCGAUAGCUUUUUUCAAAACUGGAGUGUGUCAAGCAUAUAUAGUGAAACAAGGAGCUACUCUGGAAGCACCACAAACAGUCACUCCUGCUGUUCUCCAAACCUGUCUCUCGUACACACUCAUAGCCAGACUUGCACCCAGAUGGAACAAGGCCGGGCAUCUCUUGGUGCAAGGGAAGGAUUUUUUAUCUCAUUCAGGAAGGCAAAAUGCUGUUGUUAUGGACCUGAGUGUAUCAGAGACACAGCUUUGCAUCAGUGUGGAGGCUUGCUCAGUCCGUCUGCCGCCCCCCGAGCUGGGAGAGUUUGAUAUUUCGGAAAACAUCUUGAAGAUAUUUGACAGCAAUGAAAACACUGUGGUUGACAGACAUUCCAUUCUAAGUAACUGGUGCUAUGUCUUGCCAAGCAUGAAAAUGGGUCAGGUCAUAAGCAUCAGCCACACAAUUCCUCCAGAAUCUCCUUUUCACACGUAUAAAGACUUUCAGAUGCACUGGAAGAAUCUGUAUGGAUAUAUUCUUCCAGAGAAUUCUGAAGAGACAAAAACAUACUGCAGUGUUUACUUCAAGCCCAUAGGGGAAAGACUUUUUACGUACCCUUUAAGUUGCAUUCGAAGUCAACCCGUGCAGUAUUUCCCUCGAGUAGAUUUAGAAAGUGUGUUGAACUCUUUUGUUUCUGACAUGAGGUCUAAUCUUCCGUGUCUGUGUGGAUUUCCAGUAAAGAUGACUACCAAAGCACUUUAUGCCACACAGGAACUCUCCAGAGCUCUAGUACGUGAGAUAAAAUCUAAGCGUAUGACAUUGGCUGGUGAAGUGGUUUGUGCAUCAUCUCUAAGCCAGGCUCCUCCAAGGAAAGAGACUUUUCCUAGUUCCCUGCGCAGUAUGGAAAACAGCCACUGGAUGGAGCAUUUGAUCAACGAGCCAAAAACACGUAUUUCUUUGAGUAUCAGUAAAGGUGUGGGAAAGGUUAGCACUGAAGCAGUGCAGAAAUCAGUGAGUAACAGGCAAAUGCCAGGAGUAUCCGACUUACAAGUUCACUCUCCAAAAUCUUUAGAAAGGCCUCAAAGUUCAGCCGUUGGCUCCCCCCCAAAAACUGUUAACAAAAUUAUACCUAUUUUCAAAGGAAAGUUGAUGCAAAUGAAUGGAAAAAACACAAGACAGACUGAUGGGAAGAAAAAAGAAUUUUCUGAGAGACAGUCAGUAAAAAUUAUGGAUACUUCAUCAUCUGUGCUGACAGCAUGCAAGUCCAGCAUAACUCAGGUUUACAAACCUAUUCAAAACGUGUCAGUCAAAAAUCCUACUCCCAGCAGUGCACUUCAAACAGUAACAGAGAAAACAUAUUUAAAACGUGGUAUAUCUGUAUUUCAGUGGAAAAGAGAGUCUGGUAGACAAACAACUAAAUCUGAUUAUUCUGAUAGCUCUCCUUCAGGUGGGAAUUCAAGUAAAGUCAUUCACAGUAAGAAAAAUUCUCCUUCAUUACCUAAGAAUGCUAUGUCAGUGGUUCAGAAAUCAAACAUCAGUGGGAGUGUGAGUACAUGUGCAGCUCUUACUUCCAGUACAAAAAAGGGGAAAAAGUUUACAAGUCAAAGUACCACACAAGUUCUUGAGAAACAACGCAACUCACAGAAAGUACAAUUGCAGAUUGGCAAAUUAGACACUGAAAUGACAAACUCUGGUUUAUCACAGCGACAAACAAAAAGAUCAAAUGAAGGAGCAGGGUUAAAUAUUCAUGAAUCCAUCUCACAUGAUGCCAUGUGCACAGAAAAGAACGAGGAACAUCAAAACUCAUCCCGUUACAAGGACUGCCUCGCUAAGGCAGCCGGUCGUUCAAAAGUUAGCAAUGAGCAGAUUUUUACAGGGAAUGAGCAUCUGAAAUGUGAAAUGUCGACCUCAAAACAGACUUACUCAAUGAAAGGCAGCAAUGUGGAAGCACCUGUAAAGAAAGAUUGUGUCAAAAGAAGGCAGAAAGAAGAGGGCUCUUCAAAAUUAAAGAAAGCCAAAAGAAGUUCCCAAGGGGGCAUGAACAUGUUUGAGGCUGCUCUGGGCUUCAUGUCUUUGCUCUCUAUAUUUCACAUUGUUGGUACCUGUCUCUGUAUGAAAAACUGA